UAGUUUAAAUGUCAUAAAAUUCACCACUCAUUCGACCUUCUCAGCAGCGGUUAUUCAUGAGGUGGUUAUUAACUAGAAGCUUAACCGAUGUCUAGAAGACGCAGAGGACAACAAGGAUCUGCGGACAGUGUGCAUUUUGGUCACAAGUUUAAAAAACACAAGCCAAUGUUUUGGGAACUGCUCAAGGGAAAGUGCUUGCUCUUCAUCACGAUGGCAUGCUUAGUUAUGAGUGCUGUCGUCAGUAUUCUGAUGUAUCACAUAUCACCCCGGUUAGCAGCUGCAGAAACAGAGACAAUUUCACUGUCUCAGGGAUCAGCAGAACAAAUGAGCUACUCCACUAUUUACAAGGAGUUCGCGAAGCCUUUUAUGAAGGAGAGAUACCCUAAUUCGAAAGGAACCAAGGAAGUGGUACAGUUCAUGAAGAACUCUCUGAACGAAAGUGGUUACAGUGUGAACGAGCAAUCUUUCACGGCCAAAGAUCCAGAUGGUAAGGCUCUACACUUGACUAACAUCUGGGCAGAGACGAAGAGAGAGUCGAAUAAUAAAGUGGUGCUGAGUUGUCAUCAUGACUCGAAGAUCAUGGACGCCCAUAAUAGUCCCUUCAUAGCAGCCAUAGACUCAGCUAUACCAUGUGCUAUUCUGAUGUAUCUAGCAGCCAUAUCAGGCCCAAAAGGUGACAAAAAAUCAUGUGCUAUCAAUGAUAAGCUAGAAAAACUGGACAUCAGCCUCGUGUUCAUAUUCUUCGACGGCGAAGAGGCCAUUAAAAAGUGGACUGCCACAGACUCGUUGUAUGGCUCCCGCUACUUCGCCGAGAACAUAGACAGCGAAGUGAAAGACUUCACCAAAAACGUCAAACUAUUCGUCCUUCUGGACUUGUUAGGCAGCAAAGAUCCGAAAUUUAAUAUAUUUCAUUUUACUCAUCACAAAUGCUUCAGCAAACUGCGAGGCAUUGAGAACGAUUUGAAAAGUAAAAAAUCGAAAUCGUGUAAUUCGAACUUGCAGUACGACACAAGCUACAAGAGGAAUUAUUUCUCGACAAAUAUGCUCUCAAGGGCUAGUGGAGUCAGUGACGACCACGAGCCUUUUCUGCGUAAAGUGAAGAACAUCCUCCACCUCAUCCCAACUCCCUUCCCAACAGUUUGGCAUCAAAAGACAGACGACGAAGACCAUCUUCACCAUCCGACAAUAGAAAACCUCCUCCAGAUUUUUACCCAAUUCAUACAGGACUUGUCGUGUGCAUUCGAAUGAAUAUAUGUAGUUUACAGAUGGUUGCAAAAAGUUCGCAUAGGCAGAGUUAAUUAAAAAGAGCAAAUGUCCUAA